AUGAACGACCCGUGUGCUCCGGGGUACGACCCCGCCACGGGAUUGUACCACCUCGCCUUCCAGUGGAACCCGAAGAGCGCAGCAUGGGCAGAUAUCUCCUGGGGCCACUGCGUGAGUCGGGAUACGGUACACUGGAGCACGGGGGAUUCAGAGAAGUGGAAAGAGAUGCGGCCGAUCUUGACCCCAAGUCACACGUAUGAUCGGAAGGGCAUAUUUACGGGGUGCUUUGUCCCUGAAGGUCUCAAGGGACAGCAGGGUAUUCUGACAGUGGUAUAUACCUCGGUCAGCCAUUCUCCGAUUCACUAUAGGCUUCCUUAUGUCCGAGGCAACGGCGCACCUCAACAACUCAAUGUCCGAGCAUGGCGAGACCCGUUCGUAGACACUUGGCCAGCUCUAUCCCGGUCCGUUGGAAGGAACGAAGGAACGAAAUGGGGGAUCAUAUCUGGGUCUGUGGAAGGAGAAGGACCGAAUGUGUUCCUGUAUGAGAUUGGCGAUCGGGACUUGACGAAAUGGACGUUUGUCGCGUCUCUUGUGAAGUUUCCAUGUGGACUGCCAGCCUCUUCUGCGUGGACCGGGGAUAUAGGCAAGAACUGGGAAGUCUGCAACUUCCUUUCGCACCUAUCCUCGUCCGGCCAUAGAGACAGGGUGUGGCUGACGAUGUCCGCCGAGGGCACCCAGCGAUGGGGCUUACAGACGGGCGGUAUACUGGCCAAAGACGAGCUAGUUCGUACGCCUCGGUGGAGCCUGUGGAUGGCCGGUCGUGUUGAGGCUGACGUGCGGGGCCAACCGAAAGUGCAGCAUGAGUAUGGCGGUGUGCUUGAUCAUGGGUGUUUCUAUGCCAGCAACAGUUUUUGGGAUCCGGUUAGAGAGAGGACGAUCGCGUGGGGUAAGUUCGUGCUGCCAUAUCAGUGGAAGUUCAGGUUUGACGAGACCGCAGGCUGGAUCUUGGAGGACGAUUUGCCGCCUGCUUUGCGGGACGCCCAAGCGUGGGCAGGUGUCAUAUCGCUCCCACGCGAACUCUUCGUGCUCCGUAUUCCAAACAUAGUCGGCACCCUGCGCACGUCUAUCCAGGAAAUUGGAUCUUUCUCCGCUCAGGAGAACGGAACUAGAGGGUGGGAGGUGGAGACGCUCGGCAUCAGGCCAAUUCAAGAGGUGGAGAGUUUGAGGAAGAUGGCGAAAGAGAUGAGAGUGGGGCAAGUGAGGCUUGGGAAGGGGAGAAAUAUGGUAAGCCUGGGACUGGUAGAGAAGACAUGGGAGUUUCAAGGGGAUGUGGGCGUCUGGGGAAAGGUUGCAAAGGUUGGACUCUAUAUGCGGCAUUCAGAAGGUAGGAGGUCCGCUCGAUGUUGA